AUGACGCUGGAUGCCCUCGACAAAAGAAAGUCAGCAAAAGAGAAAGGCGCAAAGCGGCGAGAAUACCCGCCGAAAAACGCUGAAAAUAAUGCGGCUAGAACACAGACGUGUGGAAGAUGUGGCAACAGUGCACACGAAAAGUCCAAGUGCCCCGCAGCGGGAUCAAUCUGUCGCAACUGCGGAAAAAAAGGUCACUGGCAACAAGUUUGCUUUAAGAAGCUUAGGAAUGAGGGCAAGAGCACCCUAAAAGAGGUGACUCUACAGGACCCAAAUGAAGCGCCAAACUGGAUGAUUGGAAGCAUCCACGCAGCUGAAGAAAGUGCGUGGAAAGUCAAACUGCGAGUCAACGGAACGCCUGCUACAUUCAAGAUAGACUCUGGUGCAGACGUCAGUGCCAUGCCUCCAAACACUGUCCCAAGCAAGGUGACCCUUGAGGAGACAGCUGCCAAGCUCUACGGUGCGAACAGGCAGCAACUCGAAGUGUUGGGCAAGUUUCAAGCGACGAUACAACAUAACAAUAAAUCUAUACAGCACGUGAUCUACGUAGUGAACGGCCUGGAAGAGCCUCUUUUGGGAAGAAAAGCCAGCAGCGAAUUGGAGCUGAUCCAACUUCUGUGCACAGUCUCGGACCAAACAGCCAAGAGCUUGGACGUAAAGGAACAAUAUCCUCUACUGAGCCCUAUGGACGGAACCAACGGGGCUUUACAGGGCUUGCUGUCCUUUCAUCUGGAUGGAACUCUACAGGGCCAGCUACCUUUCCUUCUGGACGGAACUCUACUGUGCCUGCUAUCGUUCCGUCUGGACAGAACUGUACUGCGUCUGCUGCUGUUCUGUCUGGACGGAACUUUAAACACUCCUUUAAAGUAA